AUGUUCCACAAGACUGCCGCUGCCUUGAGCUUGGUUGCCGUCACCGGCGCCGCUGCUGGUACCGCCGGGGGCUACCCUGCUUAUCCCGUCAACAGCACGGCUCCCUCCUCCGUCUGGCAGUACUACAAUACUACUGUUCCCACGACGGUCGUAGUGCCCCAGUUCACUACGGUCUGUCCCGAGGCAACGACCCUGAGCUACAACGGCGUCCAGUACACUGUUACUAAGGGCGAGACUGUCACUGUUACUGACUGCCCUUGCACUAUCUCUACGGCUGUCCACACUCUCACCUCGUCUCUCUGCCCACCUGGCGUCACGCCUACCGCCGUCGCCCCUGCGGUCCCAACCGGUAUGCCAUACCCUGCCGAGACGCCUGCUCCCGACACUCCCGGCGUCCCUGCUCAUCCCGGCCACCCAGGCGCACCGGCGGCUGGUACUCCCGCCGUUCCUGCUCCGGCCGGCACCACACCAGCCCCUGGUGCCCCCACCCAAGGCGGUUCUCCCCCCGCGGGCGCCGCCCCAGCCGUCGGUACCAGCGGCGCUGCCCCCGUCGCUAACACCCCCAACCCGCCUGCCGGCACCGCGGGGUACACCCCGUCCGGCGUCCCGACCGGCAUCGCGGUUUCUGGCGCUGGCAGCAACUCCUGCUUCGCGGCGGCGCUGUUUGCUGCGUUCUUGGCCGUUGUUGCUUUGUAG